AUGGAAGUUGCUAAAAGGAAAGCAGCUUCCACGUACACAACCCUACUCUUGAUAUUCCUGUUUCUCUUUUUGAGCUUUGGUCCUUCUCAAGGACAAAAUGCAGCCGGUGCUGACGCCGGCAAAACCAAGCCGGCGGCAUUGGCAGACGACGAGACCAAUUUAGAUAAUACAGCCGCGGAAGCCAAGAUUGCUGCGGCUACAGAUGAUGCAGACGGGGCCGCCGUCAAAAAGGCCAAGCCUGUCAAGGGGGCCGUCGUGACCACAGCUGCACCAGCGACCGACGUUGAGGUAAUUCCAGCUCCUCCGCCUCCACCAGCAGAACUGCAGGUCUGCAAUGGCGUGUUCCUAACAUACACGCUGAUAUCACGCGAGAAGGAAUACCCAUUCGUGAAGAACAAGUCAAAUCAAGCAUAUGCCUUCACGUCCCAAGCCACGAUUACAAACGUCGGUGACGAGGAGGUGAAGGGCUGGAGGAUGUACAUAGGGUUCCAACACCGAGAAAUAUUGGUUUCCAUGGACGGCGCCGUCCCCAUCGACGCGGAGGACUUCCCGGCUGCCGUGGGGAACGGCACCACGAUCGCCGGAAACCCAAUGGUGGAUCUAAAGACUGCGAUCUUGACGGCUAAUGAUUUUACACAAAUGUCGGUGAGAGUUGGAAUGAAAGGAUCACAGUUCGGUCUUGGUGAUGGCGCCACCCCCAUGCCUAAGACCAUUAAGCUUAUCAAUAGUGGCUUCAAGUGUCCCGCCUCUUCUCGCAGAGGGUCAACAAUGAUAGUGUGUUGUAGAAAAGACCCUAAAGCGAAGGCAUUGGCACUUAAGAAGACAAAGUACCCACCACGUGGCAAAGGGGAUUUAACCAUUUCAUACGACGUUCUACAAGCUUACCAGACGAGCUACUACGCUGAGGUGACCAUCCAAAACAACCACCCGUUGGGACGGCUGGACCACUGGAACCUCACGUGGGAAUGGCAGAGGGGCGAGUUCAUCUACAGCAUGAAAGGUGCCUUCGCGCGCGUCAAGGACCCUUCGGAAUGCUUGUAUGGCCCUGCAGGCCAGUACUACAGGGACUUUGAUUUCACCCAAGUCGCCAAUUGCGAGAAGAGGCCCAUUAUCUCUGAUCUUCCUUCUGAGAGAAAAGACGAUGAAAAGGUGGGGAAGCUACCAUGGUGCUGCAGGAAUGGCACAGUGCUGUCACCUGUGAUGGACAGGAACCAAGCCAGGUCAAUGUUCCAGCUCCAAGUUUUCAAGAUUCCACCAGAUAACAACAGAACAGCACUCACACCACCCAUGAAAUGGAAGAUCGACGGCGUCAUCAACCCCCACUACAAGUGCGGCCCACCGGUCAGAGUGGACCCCGCAGAGUACCCUGACCCAUCAGGUCUCCAGGCUAUUCACACCGCCGUCGCAAGUUGGCACAUCGUUUGCAACAUGACAAAGCCACAGCCUCAGAAAACAAGGUGCUGCGUCUCAUUCUCUGCAUUCUACAACGAAUCCGCCAUCCCCUGCAACACUUGCGCUUGUGGCGGUUGUGACGGUUACCAGCAAUGCAACGCAAAGGCACCACCCAUGCUUAUUCCACCCGACGCACUUCUCGUUCCGUUUGUUAACAGAACCGCCAAGAUGAAAGCGUGGGCGAAGAUGAAGCAUUUCAAGAUUCCCAAACGGAUGCCUUGCGGCGAUAACUGUCCCGUUAGCAUCAACUGGCACGUCAACUCCGACUACAAAACUGGAUGGACAGCAAGGAUCACGCUUUUCAACUGGGAGCGCUACGCCUUCGAUGAUUGGUUCACUGCUCUUCAGUUCCACAACAAUUCUUUCAGAGAUUUCGAUGAAGUUUACUCCUUCAACGGAACCAGAAUCCCAGGCCUUAGAACCGUCUUCCUUCAAGGAUUUAAGGGUUUGAACUAUUUGGUGGGACUCACCAACGGAAGCCGCAUCGGUGACCCACACGUGCCCGGGAAGCAGCAAUCCGUGCUGUCCUUCAAGAAGAAGCAUUCGAAGAAAUUCAACAUCAGAAGAGAUGCAUUCCCAACGAAGGUUUACUUCAAUGGUGAAGAGUGUGCACUCCCUCCAACUACUCCUUCUAAUGGUUCCUCACGCAUCAAGUCUUCUCCGAUCAGUUUCCUUGCUGUCACCAUCAUCGCAUUCUUGUCGUUCUUCGCCAUGACCGAACGUUUAUUCUGA